AUGGCGACACCUAAUUCUUGGGAGGAUGAUCCCGCUGCUCAAGAUGAGAACCUCGCUCAGCAGGCUCAGCAGCAGCUCAACAUGAACAACCCCGCCCCCGCGCAAGGAGGCUUCCGACCUGGCAUCGCCUCUUUCCAGCCUGGUGCUGCUUCAUUCCAGCCCGGCCAAGCAUAUGGAGGAUAUGCACCUCAAUACCAGCAGCAGCAACAGCAGCAGCAAUACUAUCAGCAAGGCUACUACCCCCAAUACGGUGCUCAGCAGGGCUACAACCAGUACAACCAGGGUUACGGUGGUUACAACAACAACAACCAAGGCUAUGGUGGUGGCUAUCCCCAGUAUGGCCAACAACAGCAACAGCAACAGCAACAGCAACAACCUCAGCAGCCCGCUGCUCCCACCAUUGCUCAACGACCUGCCGCCGAUGUUCCCGCUGCUGCUCCCAGUCAGCCUGCUGCCGCUACUGCCCCUAAGCCCAAGGUGAUCAGCAUCAGCGGCGAUGCUUCUGGUCCCAAGCCCAAGACGAAGGUCCUCUCAAUCUCAGGAACCGGUGCUGCUACUCCCGUCAAGCAAGAAGAAACCUCCAAGGCUGAGCCUACCGAUAAGCCUGAGGAUGGUCAGAAGGCCGCAGCCGUAAAGGCGAUCGAGAAGACAGGCGAGAAGGCCGGCAAGGCUGCCACCGCUAAGACCUCUGGUAAGACCUCACCAAGCCCUGGCUCUGGUCGCAACAGUCCCACCGCUGGUGAGAAGAAGGCCGCCGCCCGAGAAGUUGAUGCCGUCGAAAAGGAGCAGGCCGCCGACGUCGACCAGGAGACUCUCAAGGAAAUUUACGGCAAGGAGCACGUCAACAUCAUCUUCAUGGGACACGUUGAUGCCGGAAAGUCAACUCUUGGUGGUUCGAUCUUGUAUGCUACCGGUAUGGUCGACGAGCGAACCAUGGACAAGUACAAGAGGGAGGCCAAGGACCUAGGCCGCGAGUCUUGGUACCUGUCAUGGGUCAUGGAUCUGAACAAGGAAGAGCGAACACAAGGAAAGACCAUCGAGGUUGGCCGUGGUUUCUUCGAGACCGAGAAGCGUCGUUACAGUAUCCUUGAUGCCCCUGGCCACAAGAUGUAUGUCCCCAACAUGAUUGGAGGUGCCUCUCAGGCCGAUGUUGGUAUUCUCGUUAUUUCCGCCCGAAAGGGCGAGUACGAGACAGGUUUCGAGAGAGGUGGACAAACCCGUGAGCACGCCAUGCUGGCCAAGACACAGGGUGUCAACAAACUCAUCGUCGCCGUUAACAAGAUGGACGACCCCACCGUGGAGUGGUCUCACGAGCGAUACCAAGAGUGUACCACUAAGCUCGCCCAGUUCCUCAAGGGCACUGGUUAUAACCUCAAGACUGAUGUUUACUUCCUACCUAUCGCCGCUCAGCAGAUGAUGGGUAUUAAGACCCGCAUCCCCAAGGAUGUCGCUCCUUGGUGGGAUGGCCCCGCGCUGCUCGAGUAUCUUGACAGCAUGAAGGCUCUCGAACGCAAGGUCAACGCCCCUUUCAUGUUGCCCAUCAAUGGCAAGUACCGUGAUCUUGGUACCAUGGUGGAAGGCAAGAUUGAGGCUGGUGUUGUCAAGAAGGGUAUGAACAUGAUCAUGAUGCCCAACAAGACCAACGUAGAAGCUGCUGCCGUCUACGGCGAGCAGGAAGACGAGGUCCAGCUAGCUCAGUGUGGUGACCAAGUGCGAAUAAGGCUCAAGGGUAUUGAGGAGGACGAUAUCUUUCCCGGAUUCGUGCUCUGCUCCCCAAAGAGACUGGUGCACACUGUCGCUGAAUUUGAGGCUCAGAUCCGUAUUCUGGAGCUCAAGAGUAUUCUGACUGCCGGUUUUAACUGCGUGCUACAUGUCCACUCCGCCAUUGAGGAGGUAACAUUCGCAGCCCUUCUACACAAGCUUCAAAAGGGAACGAACCGCAAGAGCAAGAACCCCCCUACACAUGCCAAGAAGGGCGACAGUAUUAUCGCCCGUAUGCAAGUGAUUGGCGGAGCAGGCGCUGUGUGCGUGGAGAAGUUCGAGGACUAUCCCCAGAUGGGUCGCUUCACCUUGCGAGACCAGGUAGGCUUCAUUCACCCCCAGCCCCAACACACCCAUUCCCCGUUCUCCAUUCUACUAAACCCCCAUGCGUUUGGGUCCUCGUCCCCAGAUGGCCAAGAGACCAUUGCCGUUAAGGCGUGGUGGCAAGACUCAUCGGGAGGACAAACCAUUGCUAUCGGCAAGAUUACAAAGCUCAUCUUCAAUGAGGCUUAA